GACUUUGACAGUGUGCAAGAUUCGCCAUAAUAAAGAGCGACGGUCUAAACUGAUUGUGUGAAGUUCUGUGUCCGGAGGGUGAAAAUUAUUGGAAGUCGGGUCGAAAAUCCUGCAUUUCAACUGUUCAACAAUAAUCAACCGACUGAAUCUGCAUUGAUUUAUCUUGUUGUAUUUACGCCGUAACUGCCUGUCAUUAAAUUUUGUCCGAAGAAGUGCGCACUGACGAACAAAUCCUGAAAAAAAUGAGUGAACAACUAGCAAGGCUGCACGGAUGCAACAUUCUCGUCAUCGGCAACAAUGACAACCUCGUCAACAAAUAUGGCCACAGCGUAACGAUUAUCUGUGGCUACGACCCACAAGGAAUGAGUGUACGGAUUAUUAAGGAUGGCACGCAGCACCAGCUAGAAGAGUAUCCCGUCAGUGCGAAAACGACGCAUCUCAAUCAUGGUCCAACAUCACACAUAUUUGUAGUAGGAGGUGAUAUGCUCUACAUCAAGUUUGGCUCCAAAGCCGACUGCCAGCUGUUCCGGAAGCUUUUGCAAAAAAUGUCCGGAAAGGUCAAUUCAGUAUUCAACCUCCGUACGGAGGAUUCUUCAGCAUCACAGUAUUUCCAGUUUUAUGGGUAUCUCUCGCAGCAGCAAAAUAUGAUGCAGGAUUUCGUCCGAACAAGCACUUAUCAGCGUGCGAUCUACAGCAACUCACAGGACUUCCACAACAAAGUUGUAUUGGAUGUUGGUGCAGGUUCCGGCAUCCUAUCGUUCUUUGCCGUCCAAGCCGGUGCAGCUAGGGUUUACGCCGUGGAGGCUAGCAACAUGGCCCAAUACGCGCAGCAGCUGGUUCAGUCGAAUAACCUCGGGGGAAAGAUCACUGUAAUUGCCGGCAAGAUAGAGGAGAUUGAACUUCCCCAGAGGGUUGAUGUCAUAAUUUCGGAGCCAAUGGGCUACAUGUUGUACAACGAGCGAAUGUUGGAAACUUAUCUUCACGGUAAAAAAUGGCUUAAACCGGAUGGAAAAAUGUUUCCUUCACGGGGUGACCUUCAUGUAGCACCAUUUACUGACGAGGCACUUUAUAUGGAACAGUACAAUAAGGCUAAUUUCUGGAUGCAAACUGAGUUCCAUGGAGUGAAUCUGGUGGCUUUAAGAGAUGCGGCUAUGAAAGAGUACUUCCGGCAGCCGAUCGUCGACACUUUUGAUAUUCGCAUUUGUAUAGCCAAGUCGAUCAGGCAUACCACGAACUUUAUGACAGCAGACGAGAAAGAUUUGCAUUGUAUCCAAAUCGAUGUCGAAUUCCACAUUCUAGAAACAGGAACUUGCCAUGGGUUGGCCUUCUGGUUCGAUGUGGAGUUUGCCGGAUCAUGUUCGCAAAUUUGGCUUUCCACAGCCCCAACUGAAUCACUUACUCAUUGGUAUCAAGUGCGUUGUUUGUUGCAAACUCCUAUCUUUGUUAAGCAAGGUCAGGUGCUUUCCGGUAAGGUUGUAUUGGUAGCCAAUCAAAGGCAGAGCUACGAUGUUGAAAUUGAUUUAAAACUGGAAGGCACGAUGAUAACUUCCUCCAACACAUUAGAUUUGAAAAAUCCAUACUUCCGAUAUACUGGUGCUCCGGUUCCAGCGCCACCUGGUUCAAACACCACAUCACCUAGCGAAGCAUACUGGGGACAACUGGAUGCUCAAGGAGCUCGAAAUGCUGUAAAUCUGGUUAACGGUAUUACAGUUAAUGGUCUUGGCGAGGUAGAUAUGUCCAUAAUCAACACCAAUCUGAUGCCGAUUGGAAACCAGCCAAACAUCCAUCCCGGACUUAUCUCCAGCACUGGAAGACAGCAAUCACAACAGCAACAAGUGACACCAACUCAACAACUGACGAUGAACCCCACGAUUGCCUGUGCAGCCACGUCCACUCAAAAUGUAGCGCAGCAGCAGCUUAUCGGUGGCGCAAUUUCCCCCUCCCUAUUUACGACACCGGCUCAGCAGAUCAUAAACAGCCACCAUGCACAGCCAAUUCACGGUAGUCAGUUUUAUUAGGGACGCAUCAUAUUCGCCAGGCCAGCAUAUUAAUCUGCCACCAGACAACAUAACUUUCACACAUACAUUUACAAAACACACACUCACAUGCAUACACAAACGCUUUAUCAUCGCAGUUAAAGUUCACAGCGUUACUCUUAUUAUUAAUAUUAUUUAAUUGUAUACCACUUUUAAUGAGAUUGACCGAGCAGGAGCUGUCACUGUCCUGCGGCUGAAUUAGAGUAUAUUGCAAAGGUAGCGAGCUUUUAUUUUUGAAAGUUUUGUUCUCUUUUUAUGUCUUCUUAGGUUAUAAUAGAUUUUUCAAUUAAAUCGUGUCUUCUCCGAUGCGUUGACCAGCGAAAA